AUGGACUUCGCAACCUACGUCUUAGUUGCCUACAGCACUGCAGGUGGGCAGUCGGCGGGCAACUUGGCCGCGGGGUACUGGGUGGAGAGCUUGAGUCCCCUGCAGGCCAGUGAGGAGGAGUCCCAGUUCUACGAUGCGGCUGCCUUCUUCCUGGAGAACUUCCCGCACAAGACCUUCGUCUUCGCCAACUGCGAGGGCGACUGGGAGCUUCGUGGAGGCCUCGGCAUGGGACCCCGUUUCGACAGCGGCGCGGCCGGGCGCAUGGCGCGGUGGCUGGCGGCCAGACAGGCUGGCAUCACGCGCGCGCGGUGGCAGCACCGGCGGCCCGGGGCUGUAGGCAAUGUCUUCCAUGCAGCGGAAGUCAACCUGGUGGCUGAGUCCCUCUCGGGUGGCUCGUCCAACGUGGUCAACGAGGUCUUGCCACAAGUGCAAGUGGACAUGGUGUCCUACAGCAGCUACGACACCCAGCAUGACCUGAACGACUUUGCGGCUGCCUUGAGGUACAUCGCCGGGCGCCACAACCGCACACCCGCCUCGCCUUCAGGGUUCAAGGCGCUUUUGGUCGGAGAGUUCGGGCUGCCUCAGACGCGGGUACCCCUACAAGACGUCAGCUACGUCCUAGGCAACGUCAUCAACGCGGCGCUUUCCCUGGGGGUGGCAUACGUGCUUUUCUGGGAGACGUAUUGCAACGAGUGCCACGCCUCGGCCCCUGGCUGUGACGUGGCGGGGCGUUGCCGCCAGGCGGAGAUGCCUGUGGACAACACCUCUGAGCUGAAUGGCUUCUGGCUCUUCCGCCCUGAUGGAUCCGAGUCGUGGCCCGCAGAAUACCUGCGCGCCAAGCUCAACAACGCGCCCCGGGAGCAGGAGCAUCACAGGAUGUCUCAGACUGAUCCAGAGGAGGAUGGAGACGCAAACUUCGAGACCCGUGAAAAUGCACUGAGAUCUGUUCGCCAGGAUGGCAUGCAGCUGGAAUGGGCCCCCGGUACUUUUGCCAACGACCGCGGGGUCGUCUGGGCGGCUUUUCUCGACGACAGCGUAGCUAUAAGAUUCGCCUCCGCAGCUGUCAGAAACGACCGCGAGUUCAUGAUGCGCGUGGUUUCCCGGGAUGGUUUGGCCUUGGAAUGGGCAAGCGAGGCGCUGAGGAGAGACCGUGAGGUGGUCUUGAAAGCUGUGGAAGACAAUGGCUUGGCCUUGGAGUGGGCAGGUGGGGAGCUUGCGUGUGACCGCGAGGUCGUCUUGAAGGCUGUUGCGCAGAAUGGCUUGGCCUUGGAGUGGGUAGGUGGCGAGUUCACGUCUGACCAUGAGGUCGUCCUGAAAGCUGUUGCCAGCAACGGCUUGGCCUUGCAACACGCGGCAGAAACAGAAAGAGACGACCAAGAGGUGGCUUUAAUGGCAGUCUCUAAGCAAGGCCAAGCUCUGGAAUUUGUCGGCGAGACUCUAAAGAAUGCCCGAGGGGUGGUUUUGACAGCAGUUUCCAACGAUGGGUAUGCGCUCAAGUUCGCGGGCGCGGCUCUCAAGAACGACCGGGGCGUAGUCAUGGUGGCAGUUUCCAAGGCAGGCGAGGUGCUGGAGUUCGCCGGUGAGGCUGCGCAGAACGACCGUGGGGUAGUCUUGGUGGCAGUCAGGGGCAAUGGCCUGGCCCUGCAGUGGGCCAGCCGAACCGUAAAGAAAGAUAUGGCGGUAGUCCUGACUGCAGUGGCGCAGGGUGGACCAGCCGCCUUAGGGUUUGCACCGGAAGCCCUGAGGAACGACCGCGACUUGAUCCAGCUCGCUGUUGCACGUGCUUUGCAGAAUCGGGACUCGGUACUCCCCGCCUUGCACCUUGCCGGCAAAAAGGUCAGGGACGACCGGGACUUGCUGAUGUUUGCCGUUUCUCACGACGGCAGGUCUUUGCAAUGUGCUGGCGAGACUGUCAGGAAGGAUCGUCAGGUGGUCUGCAAGGCGAUUUCCAACGACGGUCUAGCUCUGCAAUGGGCCAGCGAGGAGUUGAAGAACGAUCGAGAUGUGGUUUUGAAGGCCAUUUCUCAGAAUGGUUUGGCGCUUCGAUGGGCCGGCCCUGGGCUGCAGAGCGAUCGCGAUGUGGUCUCAGAGGCGGUCUCCUACGCGGAAUGCAAUUUUCGGCCCGAAUCUGCUCUGCAGUGGGCCAGCCAAGAGCUGAGAAACGACCGUGAUAUGGUCUUGCAGGCCGUCGCUCGGAAUGGCCGGGCUCUGGAAUGGGCCAGUGAGGGGUUGAAAAGUGACCGUCGUGUGGUGGCGGCGGCAGUUUCGAAGAGGCCCGAUGCACUUCAGUGGGCCAGCGACUCGCUCUUGCAAGAUGAGACUUUCGCAGCUGAGGCGAAGAAGCGGAGUUUUCUCAUUCGCAUCACCAGCCUUUCGGGCUCCUCUUGUGUUGUGGCAUUGGACGACGAUUGGAUUUACUCGCACCGGUGGCGUCGCUGCGUUGUUGAGAUGUGCCUGGCUCGCCUUGGCAUGGAUCAACAUCUCGCGCAAGGCGCAGGGCUUUUCACUUUGAUGCGUGGUUGCUUUGAUGUGGUGUUCCCUGAGUUUGUUCUGGUUAUUCAUAUGGAGUGGGCGGGUGGAGCGGUUUCAGCGCCUUGGGCUACGAGGCGGAGCUGGGCAAAAGGUCGCAAUCUGGUGGGCACCAACACCAAAGACCCCCGCCACAUUCUGCAAGUUGACGUGUAG